AUGGGGGUCCAGCCCGAGGACCUGGCCCCGCCGACCCGAGAUGAGUCCGGGCACUGGUCGCUGAUCAUCUGUCCUCAGACGAGGGGCGUCGCCGCCAAGACGGGGGCGAUGGGCGACAGCGUGGUGCUGGACUGCAAGUGGCAGCAGUGGAUGACGCCUCUGUGGGCGGCGCUUGCGGGCCCCCCCCGCGGGAAGCCAGUCUGGACCUUCGCGUGCCCGGAGCUGACGAACCAGUUCACAGAGACGUGCAGCCAGCUCGGCGCCCCCGCGGUGCCCUACAUGAUGAGGCGCAGCGGUCCCAGCAUCGACAGGGCGCUGCAGUUCCGUCCUCUCGACGAGGUGCGCAAGCGGGGGCGCUGGGCGAGCCGCAAGUCGGUCGUGCGGUACGAGAAGGCAGCGAGGCUGAGCAAGGCGUGGCACGACCUCCCGCUGGCCAGCCAGAGGCGGUGCGAGGCGCUCGACGCGCGCCUCGAGGAGCUGCUGCUGCGGGGCGCCGGCUGCGGUGCCCGCAGCACGGCGCGCCGUAGAAGGGGCCAGUACGUGGGGGACUUCUUCGCCGGCGAGGGCGGAGUCGCCCGCGCCGGCCGUCGCCUGGGCGUGCCCGUUCGAACCUUGGAGGUCCGAACCAACACCCGUGAGGCCUCUGACCCACAGGUGACCUGA